UUCGGUCCGGCUUUGUAUUCGUUUCACUCUCUAGUGUAUUUUUUGUCCAUUUUUUUCUUGAAUUUCAUCGACGAUAAAUAGCUUAAAAAUUACACAAAAUCGGAGGAAAUUCAGGAAUCAUAGAAAUUAGAGAAUUAAUAAUUAUUUUUUAGCUAAUAAAAUGAUAAUGGGAAAUGAAUCUCGGAGAUUGCUUCUUCUCGUGAUUUUUCUCUUGACGAUUCAACUUCGAGUUAACCCAGUCUUCGGGAUAUGCGAGCACAGCUUCAUUGACAGCGACAAGAUCUACAACUUCACCUUGGCUUCUCCUCUUACUAGUUUCCCUCACGGCGUCCUCAGCGAAGACGGGUUUUACAAGGUGGCAGUGAAUGAUACUGUGCUCUGGUUUCAGCUUUGUGGUGGAAUGAUUUUUAACCAUGAUCCACCUAGAUGUGCUGAGUGCUCGGACUGUGGUGGCCCAUCACAUUGUGGAACGGAAUGUAGUGCACUGGUGGCUGAACGUUCUGGAGGUUAUCACGUAUGUACUACUAUUGGACAUGUUUCAAGCACAGAUGUUAGCAUCCUUGACAAGCUGAAUCCUUUCAAAGGUGUCAUUGUUAGAAUGUCAAGCAGUGGAAAAAAGCACAAUUGUUCACUCUCUGUCUCAUUGCUUUGUGAUUCAGCUGGAGCUCAAGGGCCAAAUUCAAUGGAGAAACUGGGGACUUGUGAAUAUGCAACAAUGCUGCGACAUCCUUCGGCUUGUGCAACAAUCAUAUCCAUUCAUGGGAAAGGGUUUGGUUGGUUUGGUACCUUGCUGAGCUUUAUCAUAUGCCUCUUUGGAGCCUAUAUGCUUUCUGGUACUGUUUAUCGAUAUUUUUUCCUUGAAGUUCAUGGUAUAGACGCAAUUCCGAACUUGGAUUUCUGGAUCAGCUUACCACAUAGAACACAGAUGUAUGUAUCUUCUCUGGUGCUGCAGUUUAGAGGACCUUCGGCCAGUCAAGGAGGCUCCUAUUCUCAAGUCAAUUUUUGAGCAGUUGCAAUUUUGUUCCAUGUUAGUCUAAACCGGUUUUGCAAUAGCUCAGUCAUGAACCUUUGCCAAGUCAGUGCAAAACUGCGAAAGAUUGUUUCGGGAAUGGUUUUCCGGUGAUCUGACCUCCCACAUUACACAUUUUCUCCCGCUUAAUCUUUCUGAUUUCACUUGAUUUUUUUUUCAUCGAAGUUGAAAAUUUUUGUGUGUAGAAUGAGUAGUUACACAAGAACACCUAACCAAUAGUAGAAACUUCAUUUUCC